AUGAGUUUCCAAGUGAUUUCGGGAAAAUAUUUUACUGAUUGUGGAUUUGCACGAGAACUUAAACGUCUUGAAGUUCCUGUAGAUGAAAUUUAUAAACAUAUGUGCGUGAAAAAGCGUGACACUGAAUUCAGACUUCUAGAUGUCCAUAGUUUGUAUAGAAUUUCAAGCAAAUGGUGGUGUGGAGAGAAGGGUCCAGGAGGCAAUUGCAAUUGUGGAAGUUUUAUACUUAACGAAAAAUCAAGUGGACUUGGUGCUUUUGCUACGUCUGAAUAUAGAUGUUCGCAUUGGAAGGGAACAGUCAAAGUUUGUCUAUCGAAUGUUAAUGAAAGUUCUGAAGAAAAAGAUAGCAGCGAAGAAGUAGAUUCAUCUACAAAAGCUAUGGAACUAUCGACAGGAGAAGUAAAUAUCACAAAUUUUACUACCAUAGAAGAAUCAGCAACUCAAAUUGUGCAAGAGUUGUUGGAUAUAACGACAGACACUAUUUCUUCAGUUAUUUCAACGACAGAAGCAUCAAAUGUUGAAUCAACUGAAGAAUCUUUGACUACUUAG